UUAAGCUCCAAUGUAUAAAUACUGACCCACGGAUUUAAGACAUGGUGUGCCGCGCACGUGCAGUUUCCUUAGGUUUUUGUAUGAAGGUAAAAAAAAGUCCAAAAAUAAAUAAAAUAAAAAUCCAGGUAACCGUUCGGCUCUUCGGCAGAAGAAAUGGCUUCAACUUCAACUUCAGCUUUCUCAGUUUCUUCUCAAAUUGAACUUCCCGGACCACCCAAAUUCUCAAGCUACAAUGUCCGGGCAUUGUCUAACUUUCGAUUUAGCAUUCUUCAGAAGAAUUACAAACUAUCCUCCCAAAGCUUGUUCUAUUCACCGAAAAUUUUUCAUUCCCCCAUUCACAAUACCCUCUUCUCAAACCUCUCUGAGUCCGAUAUACGUCGUUCUACCUCACCCCAGAUAAAACUUUCGAAGUAUAUCGUUGAAAAAUUUGUGGGUUUUCUUGUUGGGUCAUUUAUCUUCAUGGGUUGUUUCAAUUUAAGAUAUGCCAGGGCAUUGCCUGCUCAGACAAGCAGCAAAAACCCAACAUUGGCCGAAAAAGCUCAAAUUCCAGAGGGGGAUAGUGAAGAGAUGUGGGAGAGGAUCUUGGAGCAUGAUCCAAGUAAUGUUGAUACUCUGAAAGCUGUUUUGUAUGGGAAAAUGAGGAGUGGAAAGACAGAGGAGGCCAUUAAGUAUGUUAAGAGGUUGAUUGAUCUUGAGCCUGAUGAGGUUGAAUGGAGACUUUUGUUGGCUCUUUGUUAUGAGACAUUGGGGGAGCUGGGCACGGCUAAAAGAUUGUUCAUGGAAAUUCUGAAGCAGAAACCUCUUUUGGUUAGAGCUCUGCACGGUUUGGCGUUAGUGAUGCAUAAGAACAAUGAAGGUGAAUCUGUCUUUGAGAUGCUCAAUAAGGCGCUAGAUAUUGCUCGUGAUGAGAAAAAACUUGCCGAACAUAGGAGCAUCGGGAUACUAAUUGCUCAAAUGCAUGUUGUGAAGUUUGGCUUUCAGGGGGAACUGGAAGAGGGUUUGAAGAAGUUCCAAAAUCUUGUUGAGGAAAACCCAAGGGAUUUUCGACCCCAUCUCUGCCAGGGGAUUAUAUACAGUCUGCUGGACAAAAAAAAGGAAGCUGCUGAGCAGUUCGAAAUAUAUCAGGCCCUUGUGCCUGAUGAAUUUCCUCAAAGGGAAUUUAUCGAUGACAUUAUGUUGUCGGCUACGACUGCAUCACGGGAACAGUUUCAGAAGGAAUUUGAUGCUGAAUUUACAAACAAGAAGUGAAGCCAAGAAGAAAAGGGUUCUCUGGUUAUUAGUUUGAGAGUUUAUAGAAUGGGUCCAUACCACUGCCAACACACCUGACCACUAAAACUCUGUAGUUAACCGUGCUUGUGCCAUGUCGGGCAAACAAAAGUUGUUGAGGGUGAUCGGUAACGUUGGUAGUGAAAUCUGGUUGUAAUGGCUAAAAUACAAACUAUGGAUUCGUAUUGGCUGUUUGAUAAGAACGAACAAGAAAGACUGCACGCACUGGAGCGGUAAGUAGGAAUGGAGAUUAUCUGGAGCUGUUUUUAUCAGUGCAGUGGAGUAAUGGUUGGUUCAAAAUAGUUGCACAAGUUGCAUUUGAAGUAGUUCAGCGAGUAAACGGACCUGAUUUUUUGCUUUAAA